AUGUUUCCAACAGCAUGUCGUUCAACUGAACAAAAAGAUAAGCCAAAGCCAAUCUUGCAUACAGGAACGCGUGGCCGGUCAUGGAAAGGAGAGCUCUCUUAUCUUCCUCGAGAGGGAGCUGCCAAGAUAACAUCCCUAGAUCGAUUUGAUGACAUACAUGCUCGUUUUCUUAGUCAUGCCAAACAAUUUGAUACUGAAUGCCCUUCUCUUAAAAAUAUCAAGCGAGCUAAAACUACUUACGAAAAGCCUUCUCAACUAGAUGACCUACUUGUGCGAACUGACAAGGAAAUCAAGAAGGACAAAGAGUCGUUUCGUACCACUCUAGUAAACAUUGUUAUGCAAAACAUACAGUCUGACAAUGAAAAUAAAAAAGAUACAGAGCAAACCUUGGAAGAAAUAAUGAACGAUGUUUCCAACGGAGAUACUCAAGACAAAGAUAAAAUGCAACGUUAUUACUACUAUAUCACAAAUGGCGUUGAUACUCAGCAUGUUGCAGAAAUGGAAGAAAGGUGGCUUUCAAAUGUUCUUCGUCUCAUUCCUCAACGAUUAAAAAACCUUCGGCACUCUGUUCAUCAACUUUCGUUGGAGAUGCGCGAAGAUUAUCACAUGGGCGUAAAAAAAGCUAUUGUUGACUUUGUAUUAAAAGACCCACGACAAAAAAAUGAAUAUAGCAGCCAUGAAUGCGAUAGUCCUGAAGAUUUUUUAAAAAUGUCAACACCAACCUGGCAAACUGCAUAUAAUGAUGCAAAAAAAUCUAUUAUAUCUAUGUUAUUCACUACUAACCCAUCCAUUCUCGAGAUUUUGAAUGUUUGGGGUAAUUUUAAAGAUAUGAGAUUGAUUGAAAUGCAAUCGCUUUUGACACGUGGAGUUGCAAUGGAACUACGAGCCUUCAAAUCUGCAAUAUCUCAAAAACUCGACAAGUCGCAUGAAAAACUUUUGACCACAUGGUAUCCAGCAAUACUCAAUGUUUUCUAUCAAGGAAGCAAACGCAAUGAAUGGUCUUCUAUUCCUAACAAUCGUAUGGAGUCUUUUUUUCGCACUAUAUCACUAAUUCUUGGGGAUCAGCUGCGUCAUGUUGUGCUUGAAACGCUCAAGGAAUUUGCAUGUUUGUUUGAUCCAAAUUUGGCCAACACUACCAAUAAUGCAUCUUCUGAUGUAAAAAUGUUUACGUUUUCUGUACGUCUUGUCUUGGAUGACACAAAAAUCAAAUUUGAUCCGCCCUUGUCUGAAAUUCAAAGCGUAGUCGACUUUUUAAUCAAUAGUAUGCUUGUUGCUGCCGAUCGUAUUCCAAAAGUUGAAACACAGUUAUUUGCCAGUGGUCAGGCCAUCACUGUCAACAGUCGUGUUGGAAUGAAUCCAGUCAAGCCAGAUCAAUGUAUUCGAGUCGCAGUUGAGUCUACGUUUCACAAAACCAUUCAAGAAAUAAGGAACUCUAUCCAAGAGAAUAUCGACAAGUUGCUAUAUGCUCCAAACGCAUAUUUGAGCGAGUUUGAUAAGCAUAAAACAUUGAUUAGCAAAGCUUCGGAAAUGGACGUGACCGAGUUUCUCUCAAAGGAAAAUUCCCAAGAAAAAAUGAUGGCAGAGGUUAAAAAAUAUAAACAUCUUGCCAACAACAUGAUAUACAGUGCCUAUCCAUUCACGGUUUAUUUUCCAUUGGUGGAGCUACAGUGUGCUGAUUUUAUCAAUGAGCUUGCCGAGCGCGCUCAUGGUCACGCCAAUCGUAUCUUGGAUAAAAUGACUUUGGAUUAUCACAACACAAAUGCCGAAUUGAUCAACUCCUUUGAAGACAUGGCUCGGAAAAUCACUACGAUGCCAUCCAAUGUUGAAGAAAUGGUUGCUUUGCAAAAGUUUAUGUCCACUACGUGUAGUGUAAUAACAAAAAGCUUGGAAGAUGCCGUUGAAGAGGCAAAAAGAAAGCUGAAUUUUAUCAUUACAUAUUCCGAGCUUAAAAAGGAAGACUUUGAAGCCAAUACUGUGCUGUUUACCUGGUCUCAAAAAAUUGGACCAAUUUUUUUGGAUGGCGAAAAUAACUUGGCCAAGUCACGAUCGCUCAAUCAAGACGACUUGAAAGUACGCAAAGAAAAGUUAAUAAGCGAACUUGAUGGUUACACCAAGCAGAUUGAAGAAUAUAACAGCUAUAGCGAAUAUUCUGAAAUCCACAAGUAUCUAAAAUCUGCACAAAAGCUUGUGUCUAGACUAGACUCUGUUGCUGAGCGAAUUGCAAGUUUUAAUCACGAAGAAGAUCUUCUUGGCUGGGAAAGGUCAAAAUUCUCUACACUCACCAGUGCUCUUGAGGGAAUAUCACCAUUCCUUACAUUAUAUCAAACAUCUGUUGAUUUCCAACGCCUAUAUCACAACUGGAUGACCGGGUCAUUUUUAAAACUGGAGCCAGAAGGAAUUGAAAAUGACGUGAUGAAUAUGCAUCGUAAUAUUUACAAGCUGACUCUCACUUUUCCAGCAGACUCUGCUCCAUUUAACUUUGCACAAAUAACCAAAGAGCAGAUUGAAAGAUUCAAGGUUCAUCUUCCACUGGUUAGCACUCUUUGUAACCCGGGAUUACGCGAUAGACACUGGAAAGAUAUAUCCCAGAUUGUUGGAUUUCGAUUUCAACCAGAUGAAACCACGAGUUUAUCAGCAGUGCUUGAGAAAAACUUUGAGCAGUAUAUGGAGACACUCGAGAAGAUAUCUGCUGUUGCUACAAAAGAGUAUUCAUUUGAAAAGGCUCUGACCAAGAUGUAUGGCGAAUGGAAAGAUGUAGAGUUUGUCACAAUUGAGUAUCGCGACACAGGCACGCAGAUUCUUGCUAGUGUAGAUGAUAUUCAAACCUUACUUGAUGAUCAUAUUGUGCGCACACAGACCAUGAGAGGAUCUCCAUUCAUUAAAGCGUUUGAGGAUGAAACCAAGAUUUGGGAUGGAAAACUAAUGUUGAUUCAGGAGAUACUGGAUGAAUGGCUUAAAGUUCAGACAACAUGGCUGUAUCUCGAGCCUAUAUUCAGUUCAGAUGAUAUUAUGCGCCAAAUGCCUUCAGAGGGAAAACGGUUUAUUUCUGUAAACAAAACGUGGAAAGAUACUAUGCUACAUUGCUCUCGCGAUAAACAUGUGCAAGUCGUGUGUGAAAUGCCGGACAUUCUUCAGCGUCUCAAAGACAGCAAUUACGAAUUGGAACUGAUUCAAAAAGGUCUUAACCAAUAUUUGGAAAUCAAACGUCUUUAUUUCCCAAGAUUCUUUUUUCUGUCUAAUGAUGAGAUGCUCGAGAUUUUGUCCGAGACCAGAGAUCCAACGCGUGUGCAACCACAUCUGAAAAAGUGUUUUGAAGGAGUCAACAGUCUGGAAUUUGAGUCCAACCUCGAUAUCAGUGGUAUGUACUCUGCACAAAAGGAGUUUAUCAAGUUCACAUCAUUGGUAUCAACAUUGGAUGCAGCAGGAGCUGUUGAAAAAUGGCUUUUGGAAGUUGAAAAAACCAUGCUGGCCAGCAUGCGCCAGGUGGCUGCAAAUGCAUUUGAAAACUACAAGGAUACUCCACGAGAAAGCUGGGUCGUUAAUUGGCCCGGCCAGAUUGUUUUGGGUGUCAGUCAGAUAUACUGGACUAAAGAAGUAGAGUUUACAAUUUUAGAGGGGCGUGCCAAUUCUCUUAAGCGAUUGGUGGAGACCAAUACUGAAAGAUUAUCAAAAGUAGUCGAACUGGUACGCGGAAAUCUUUCCCAUUUAUCUCGCACAACACUUGAAGCACUUGUAGUGAUUGAUGUGCACGCUCGUGAUGUUGUAGCUCAACUGAGUGAAAACAAUGUAAUAUCGAUUAACGAUUUUAGCUGGCUUAGCCAGCUGAGGUAUUAUUAUCCAGACAAAGAGACUGGAAUUGUUGUCAAAAUGAUCAACUCGGUCCAAAAGUAUGGAUAUGAAUAUCUCGGAAACACUGGCCGACUGGUUAUCACUCCGCUUACAGAUAGAUGCUAUCGUACGUUGUUUGGUGCUUUGCAGCUAAAUCUUGGCGGUGCACCCGAAGGUCCUGCAGGCACUGGAAAAACUGAAUCCGUCAAAGAUCUGGCCAAAGCUCUAGCAAUGUUUUGCGUUGUCUACAACUGCUCUGAUGGCUUGGAUUACAUUGCUAUGGGAAAGUUUUUCAAAGGACUAGCUUCUGCUGGAGCAUGGGCGUGCUUUGAUGAAUUUAAUCGUAUUGAUCUUGAAGUCUUGUCUGUGGUUGCUCAGCAGAUUCUCACCAUUCAGCGUGCCAAGGCAGCCAAACUUACUACAUUUAUAUUUGAAGGGACGGAGCUUAAUUUGAAUCCUGUGAGCAAUGUGUUUAUUACUAUGAAUCCAGGAUACGCUGGACGAUCAGAGCUUCCGGACAAUCUUAAAGCACUAUUUAGACCCGUAGCAAUGAUGGUGCCUGAUUAUACUUUGAUUGCCGAGAUUUCCCUCUAUUCGUUUGGGUUUGUUCACGCGCGUAAUCUUGCAGUAAAGAUUACAGCAACUUAUCGUCUUUGCUCUGAACAGCUCUCAUCGCAGGAUCAUUACGACUAUGGUAUGCGCGCUGUAAAGUCAGUUCUAAAUGCAACAGGUGCAUUAAAACUCAAAUAUCCAGCAGAGAAUGAAAGUAUUGUUGUGCUGCGUUCCAUCAUUGACGUCAAUCUAGCAAAGUUUUUAUCACAGGACAUUCCACUUUUUAAAGGUAUCACUGCCGAUCUUUUCCCAGGGGUAACACUUCCAGUUCCUGACUACGGGAUGUUGGUAAAGAGCAUUUAUGCAAACUGCGAAAAACUUAACUUACAAUGUGUUGGCUCUUUUCUGGAAAAAACUUUGCAAAUCUAUGAGAUGAUGCUUGUCCGACAUGGAUUUAUGCUUGUUGGAGAGCCAUUCUCUGGAAAAACUGCAGCGUAUCGUGUCCUCCAAGGUGCACUUUCUGAUAUUAACAAAUCAAAUCCUAAACAAGAAUCCAAAGUACUGGUACAAGUACUCAACCCCAAAUCUAUUACUAUGGGACAAUUGUACGGCCAAUUUGACUCGGUGACACAUGAGUGGUCAGAUGGUGUACUUGCUGUAGGAUUCCGUAAUUUUGCAUCUCAGGCAACACCAGAUAGGAAAUGGAUUGUUUUUGAUGGACCAGUCGACGCCAUUUGGAUUGAAAACAUGAACACCGUGCUUGAUGAUAACAAAAAACUUUGUCUCAAUAGUGGUGAAAUCAUUCAAUUGUCCAACACAAUGAGUCUAAUUUUUGAAGUACGGGAUCUAGCAGUUGCUUCUCCAGCUACUGUUAGUCGAUGUGGAAUGAUAUUUAUGGAGCCGUUUAGACUAGGAUGGCGUGAAACUAUUGUUUUAUCUUGGCUGAAUGUACAAGAGAUGCUUGAUGAGGAACACAAGAAGCUGAUUUGCGCUGUAAUUGACUGGAUCAUUCCUCCGUGUCUUAAGUUUAUUCGCUCUGAGUGCACAGAGGUUUCUGAAACAAGUAAUUCAGGUUUGGUCAUGUCGAUGCUCAAUAUUUUAGAAAGCUUGCUGAAAGAAACUGUACAGGAGCGAUCGCCUGAAUUUACAUCAAAGUUUAUUCAGGGUUGUUGUGUAUUUGCAAUUAUUUGGGCAGUUGGAGGAAGUGUAAACGAAGCGGGCCGACACAAAUUUAGCGAUUUUUUGAGAUCAGUGCUUUUUUCUACAGGCGAUAUACCAAAGCCAAAUUCAUUUGAUGUUGAGCUUUCUUUGCCAUCAGAAGGACUUGUUUAUGACUAUUAUUUUGAUCGGAGCGAACCAAACUCUUGGAAAUCAUGGCUGGAAAUGCUUCCUUUAAACUACAGCAUUCCACCAAAAACAAAAUAUGACAACAUUAUGGUGCCUACAGUGGAUACUGCUAGGUACUCUUAUUUGCUAAAGCUUCUAGCUGGCAACAACAAACAUGUUUUAUUUAUUGGACCAACUGGAACAGGAAAGUCGAUGUAUAUCCGUGACACGCUUAUGACUAAAAUGCCCAAGGAAGUUUACAUUCCUGUUUUUAUCAAUUUUUCUGCACAAACAUCAGCACUACAGACCCAAGAAAUUCUAGAAUCUAAACUAGACAAGCGGCGCAAAGGAGUUUUUGGUCCACCUCUUGGAAAGCGAUGUCUGAUAUUGGUGGACGACCUUAAUAUGCCUGCUCGUGAACAAUACGGUGCACAGCCUCCAAUUGAACUACUUAGACAAUGGUUUGAUCAUGGUGGUUGGUAUAAUCUUACAGAAAAUCUGAUGCAAGAGUUUGUGGAUAUUCAGUUGAUUGGCGCAAUGGGGUUGCCUGGUGGUGGUAGAAAUCCAAUUACACCUCGACUUUUACGGCAUUUCAAUAUUGUAUCGGUAGUUCAAUUUGAUGACAUGACACUGCACAAGAUUUUUGAAACAAUUUUAAACUGGCAUAUUUCAAGCAAUUCAUUUUCAAAAUCCAUUGUGAGCAUGAGCCAAAAGAUUGUUACUGCAACCAAGCAAGUAUAUCGUGGUGCAAUGUCUAACCUACUCCCUACACCCAAAAAGUCGCACUACACCUUUAAUCUUCGUGAUUUUGCAAGAGUUAUUCAAGGAAUGUUACUUUCUCGGCCGGAAACUGUAUCAGAGCCAUUCAAAAUGAUUCGUCUCUGGAUUAAUGAAACAUUCCGAGUAUUCUACGAUAGAUUAGUUGAUGACGAAGAUCGUCAAUGGCUUUUUAAUUAUGUUGUUGGCACCAUUGGCCAAACUUUCGAAGUAGACUUUUCAAGUGUUAUGAAAACGUAUGAUAGCAAUGGCGACGGAAAAAUAGAAGAGGAAGAUUUGCGCAGUUUGAUAUUCGGCACUUAUUUAUCUCCUUCUGAUACCAAUGGAAAAGCAUAUGAUGAGAUUGUUGACCUUGCCGAGUUGACAAGCUAUAUGGAUCGCUCACUUUUUGAAUACAAUCAAAUCAGCAAAAAACCAAUGGAUUUGGUGAUGUUUAGAUUUGCCAUUGAGCAUCUUUCUCGGAUUAGUCGUAUUUUGCGACAGCCUCGAGGAAAUAUUCUACUUGUUGGCGUGGGAGGUAGUGGUAGACAAUCGCUUUCGCGAUUAGCAGCCUAUGUUGCCGAGUACGAUUUGUUCCAGGUGGAAAUUGCCAAAAACUACAACACUACAAACUGGCACGAUGAUCUCAAAAAGGUUUUCAAGAUUGCUGGCGGUCAAGGAAAACAAACUGUGUUUCUGUUUACAGAUACGCAAAUUCAGCAGGAGGAGUUUUUGGAGGAUCUUAAUAAUAUUCUUAAUUCAGGAGAGGUUCCAAACCUUUAUGCAGCGGAUGAAAAACAAGAGUUAUUUGAGCUUAUUCGUGCUGAUAUGAAAAGCACGGGCAAGGUAUUUGAUGGCACACCGACUGCAAUGUUUGCUGAAUUUGUUAAUCGCUGUCGCGAAAAUCUACAUGUUUGUCUGUGUAUGAGUCCUGUUGGUGAAGCUUUCAGGCAUCGUCUCCGCAAAUUUCCAUCGUUGGUUAAUUGCUGUACAAUCGACUGGCUCAAAGAUUGGCCAGAUGAUGCUCUUGAGAUGGUUGCCACAAAGUUUUUGCGAGACGUUGAGAUGGAAGAUUCGGUGCGUGCUGAAAUUGUCCAAAUGUGCAAACAUCUCCACAAAAGUACUCAAAAACAGUCUGAAAAGUUUAUGACGAUGUUACGCAGAUAUAAUUAUGUUACACCAACAUCGUAUUUGGAACUUAUUCGAACAUUUAAAACUUUGCUUGGAUCAAAGCGUACAGCAGUCUCAAAACUUAAAUUCCGCUAUGUUAAUGGUCUAGAAAAACUCAACUUUGCUCAAAGUUCGGUGUCCAAAAUGCAAGUAGAUCUUGGUGAGCUUCAACCGCAGUUGAUCAAAACAAAGCAAGAUACGGACGAAAUCAUGAUUCAGAUUGAAAAAGAGUCUAAAGAAGUGCAAGCUACAAAAACAAUUGUACAAGCUGAUGAAGAAGUGGCAAGCAAAAAAGCAUCGGAAGCAACUGCCAUCAAAGAAGAUUGCGAAGCACAGUUAGCAGAAGCCAUUCCAGCACUUGAAUCUGCCAUUCAAGCACUUGAUACAUUAAAACCUGCAGAUAUUACUGUAUUAAAAUCCAUGAAAAGUCCUCCAGCAGGUGUUAAGCUUGCUAUGGAGGCUGUUUGUGUCAUGAAAGAUAUUAAGCCAGUAAAGAUUCCAGAUCCCGCAGGAUCCGGCAAGAAAAUCGAAGACUUUUGGGGACCUUCUAAAACACUCAUGUCUGAUUUGAAGUUUUUGGACAGCCUUAAAUCUUAUGAUAAAGACAACAUUUCGGUGGCAGUUAUGAAAGUUAUUCGCUCAAAAUACAUGGAAAACCCUGAAUUUGAUCCAGAAAAAAUCAAAACUGCUUCAUCUGCUGCUGAAGGUUUAUGCCGAUGGGUUCGAGCAAUGGAAUGCUAUGAUCGCGUUGCCAAAGUCGUGGCUCCGAAAAAAGAGGCUCUUGCAAAGGCAGAGGCAGAGCUUGCCGAAACCAUGAAAAGUCUCAACGAAAAACGAGAAAUGUUAAAAGAUGUUGAAGACCGAAUGGCAAAAUUAGAAGCCAAUUUCAAAGCUAUGGUGGCAAAAAAAGAACAGCUAGAAAAUCAGGUGAGCUCUGUAUCUCAGCAAUUGGUUCGAGCUGAAAAGCUUAUUGGCAGUUUGGGAGAUGAACGAGAUCGAUGGACUCAGUGUGCGACUGAUUUAGAAGCCAAAUUUAUAUCUCUGACAGGCGAUGUGUUGAUUUCGUCUGGAGUGGUAGCAUAUCUUGGUGCAUUCACUAAGCUAUAUCGCGAUGAAUGUGUGGCAGACUGGUCUAUUAUUUGCAAACAACGUAAUAUCCCAUGUUCUGAAGAAAUUCGACUGGUUAACGUGCUCGGUGAAUCUGUCAAAAUACGUUCAUGGACACUGGCAGGGCUUCCUAAUGACUCCUUUUCAAUUGAUAAUGGAAUUAUGAUAUCCAAUGCUCGUCGAUGGCCAUUAAUGAUUGAUCCACAGGGACAAGCCAACAGAUGGAUAAAAAACAUGGAAAAAUCCAAGUCAUUACAAGUAGUCAAGCUUACUGAUUCCGACUAUAUUCGUACGAUUGAAAAUGCGGUUCAGUUUGGUACACCUAUACUUCUUGAAAACGUGUCCGAGGAGCUUGAUCCUGUACUUGAACCUCUUUUACUGAAGCAGACAUUCAAACAAGGAGGAAUAAUGUGUAUUCGGCUUGGUGAUGCUACAGUAGAAUAUUCGCCCGAAUUCAGAUUCUAUGUCACUACAAAGCUUCGAAACCCCCAUUACCUUCCAGAGCUAUCUACCAAAGUCACUCUCUUAAACUUUAUGAUAACUCCUGAAGGUUUAGAAGAUCAGUUACUGGGAAUUGUCAUUGCAAAGGAGCGACCUGAGCUAGAGGAAAUGAAAAUCCAGCUUUUGUUGCAAUCUGCAGAAAAUAAAAAGCAACUGCAGGAAAUCGAAGAUAAAAUCUUGGAAGUACUGUCAAGCUCCGAAGGAAAUAUUUUGGAAGAUGAAACUGGAAUCCAAGUCUUAUCUUCGUCUAAAAUUCUGGCCAAAACGAUCAGCGAAAAGCAAGCUAUUGCCGAGAAAACUGAAAUCAAGAUUGAUGAAAUUCGGGUUGGCUACACUCCAAUUGCCAAACAUUCUUCUGGACUAUUCUUUUGCAUUGCAGACUUAAGCAACAUCGAGCCCAUGUAUCAAUAUUCGCUUAAUUGGUACAUUUCUUUGUUUGUCAACUCUAUAGAAACCAGCGAAAAAACUACAGAUAUUGCACAGCGACUUGAGAUACUUCGGGUGUAUUUUACAGAGUCGCUCUACAAAAACAUAUGUAGAUCCCUUUUUGAAAAGGAUAAGCUUGUAUUUUCUUUUCUACUUACAAUAGCCAUUCAAAAGGCUAAAAACGAAAUUGACGCUUGGGAAUGGCGAUUUUUAUUGACGGGAGGUGCCGGAAUGAGCGGACUGCAAACUUCUAAUCCAGACCCACAAUGGAUAUCUGAAAAAAGUUGGAGCGAGAUCAGUCGCUUGGCCAGCAUGGACUCGUUUACCGGUUUUGAUACUGGGUUCUCGGAGAAUUUGGCCGAGUGGAAGCGUCUUUUUGAAAGUCCAGAUCCACAAGACUUUAAUUUACCAGGAAAAUGGCAUCUGGCCUUGACUUCUUUUGAAAAACUAUUGGUUCUUCGAUGUUUACGACCGGAUCGCAUAACAGUUGCAAUUUCAAACUAUAUUAUUGAAAAAAUGGGUCAACUCUACGUUGAGCCUCCACCAUUUGAUCUGGCCAGUAGCUAUGCAGACUCAAUAUCUUCUGUACCACUGAUCUUUGUAUUAUCGCCAGGUGCAGAUCCAAUGACUGGUCUUCUUCGAUUUGCAGAAGACAAAAAAAUGGGAGGCUCAAAAUUAAAUUCAAUUUCUCUUGGUCAAGGUCAAGGUCCAAUUGCUGCAAAAAUGAUUAAUGCUGCGAUAAAUGAUGGCUCGUGGAUUGUACUUCAAAACUGUCACUUGGCAAUCAGCUGGAUGCCACAUUUGGAGCGAAUCUGUGAAGAGUUGGCUUCUGAAAAUACUCAUCGAGAUUUUAGGCUAUGGCUGACUUCGUAUCCAUCUGAAAAAUUUCCAGUCUCAUUGCUUCAAAAUAGUGUAAAAAUGACCAACGAACCUCCAAAGGGGCUGCGUGCAAAUCUACUCAAAUCGUAUCUAAGUGAUCCUAUUAACGACCCAUCCUUUUAUGAAGGAUGCAAAAAACAGACUGUUUUUGAACGAAUGCUUUUCGGGUUGUGCUUCUUUCAUGCAGUUAUACAAGAAAGACGCCAAUUUGGCCCAAUUGGAUGGAACAUUCCUUAUGAAUUCAAUGAAACGGAUUUGAGAAUAUCUGCACGUCAGUUGCGGAAUUUCUUGGGAGAGUACGAAGAAAUUCCAUACGACGCUGUUACCUAUUUAACUGGGCAAUGCAACUACGGUGGUCGAGUUACAGAUGAUAAAGACAGACGGACUCUCAUGACUCUAUUAUCAGUUGUUUACAAUCCUAGUAUUAAUCUCCAGCAGAAUUAUAAAUUUUCAACAAGUGGACUAUACUACGUUCCCCAUGCCGGUACUUCUUACACCGGAAUAACCGAGUACAUCAAAUCACUUCCAGCUGAAGCAAAGCCAGAAGUAUUUUGUCUACAUGAUAAUGCGGACAUUGCAAAAAAUCAGUUAGAGACCGAUACUCUUUUCAAAACAAUUUUGUCUACACAGGGAGUUAUGAGUGCAGCUGGAUCAAAUUCAAACGAGCAAAUUGUGUCAAAAGCUGCAUUUGAAAUGCUUGCUCGAUUGCCCGCUGCAUUUGAUUUAAAUGCAAUUUCAGGAAAGUACCCAGUAACCUACACUGAAAGCAUGAACACAGUCCUGAUUCAAGAAGCAAUUCGUUUCAAAAACUUGACAGAAGUUAUACGAGAUAGCUUAAUUAAUAUUCAAAAGGCACUCAAGGGUCUAGUAGUCAUGUCGGCGGAUCUAGAGGAUGUCGGUUCAAGCAUCAUGCUUGGUAGUAUUCCAAAAAUGUGGAGCGGACGAUCAUACCCUUCCAUGAAACCUCUAGGCAGUUACUACAAUGAUUUAUUGGAAAGACUAGCGUUCUUUAGAAAAUGGAUUGAAGAUGGUCCGCCAAUUGUAUUUUGGCUCAGCGGAUUUUUCUUUACUCAGAGUUUCCUGACGGGUUGCCUUCAAAACUUUGCACGUAAACAUGCGAUUCCGAUUGAUUUGCUGGCAUUUGAGUAUCAAGUUCAAUUAACACGCACUGCUGGUGUUCGACCUGAAGAGGGUCAGCACAUUAACGGUCUUUUUCUUGAAGGUGCUCGCUGGGAUAUCAAGGAAAAUUCUAUUGCAGAAUCUCACCCACGAGUCUUGUACAAUUCUAUGCCCAUUAUCUGGCUUAAGCCUGGCGAACGUUCAAAGUUUAAUCUUUUAAAUACAUAUGACUGUCCCGUAUAUAAAACUGGUGCACGACGUGGAACUCUGUCGACUACUGGGCAUAGUACAAACUAUGUUAUGUCCAUGCGUAUCCCAACUAAAGUGCCAGAAGAUAUUUGGGUUUUACGUGGUGUAUGUGCCUUGUUAAGUUUGAAUGAUUAA